AUGGGGUCGACGCACUUCGCCCGGGCCAAGGCCAGCAACGAGAGCUUCGGGCCCCUGCCGCUCGUCGACGUCGACCCGGGCGAGAAUUCGCGCAAGAAGUUCCGCGCCUCCAAGUUCAAGAAGGUCGGCCAGGAAGCCGCGGUGCUGCGCGCCUGCACGCCGCGGUCCCGGUACCUGCCGCGGUGCCACUCGUCGGCGCUCUUCGCCGAGGCGGGCGCGCGCGAGCUCGCGCGGUGGCGGCGAUCCCGGCUCACGGGCUUCCUCUACGUCGCGUUGACCGCGCCGCACGACCCCCUCGAGCCGCUGGACCGCGACGUGGCCGACGCCACCGCGGGGCCGCCGGCGAGCGUCCGCGACCGCCACGUCUUCUCCCUGCCGCGCGUGUCGCGGGUCGUCGCCGCGGACGCGCUGCGCGCGGACGUCGACGCCGCGGCGCCGUCCGCGCCGGGCGCGGCCGAGGCGCUCGUCGGCAGCCGCGACGAGCUGCUGCUGCCCUUCCCGCGCCGGGCCGCGGACCUCGAGGCGCGGCGCCGCCUCUACGGCGGCCUCGUCGCGUCCGUCGACGCGGCCGUCGGCGCGCUCGACGCGGCCUCGCGGCCGGACCGGAUCCUCGUGGUCACGUCGGACCACGGCAUCGCCCUCGACGGGCGCCACGGCCUCAUCGGCAAGCAGAAUCUCUACGAGCACUCGAACAAGGUGCCCCUGCUCGUCCACGGCUGCGGGCCCCUCGUCGCCGGCGGCGCGAAGGCGCACGUCUACCUCCACGACGUCGCGCCGACGCUCGUCGCGCUGUCGCGGAGCCGCGCGCCGCCCUUCACGGCGCCCAUCGGCGCGCAGCGCAAAUACGAGGUCACGAAGGACUCGGCGGCCGCGCGCGCGCGCGCGGCGGGGCCCUGCGCGGGCCGCGACUUCUCCGCGAUCUUCGCGCGCGAGAACGGCACGUUCGCGCCGCGGGCCCACCUCUUCGCGGCCAUGAUCGACACGCAGCGAAUGGUCGUCGACACGGCGACGAACCUCAAGGUCAUCGCCCACUUCAACUCGUCGCUCAAGGGCCGGGGCGACACGCGCGGCGCGGAGCUCAUCGCGGUCCAGGCCUUCGACGUGUCGCGGGACCCGGACGAGCUCGACGACCUCGUCCUGCGCGACUUCGAGUCGAACGCGGCGGCGGCGGCGCACUACGCGCCGCGGCUGCCCGCGGCCGGCGACGACGCCGUCGGCGCGCUGCUGCGCGAGGCGUGCGACCUCGAGCGGAAAUUGCGCAAGGCGAGCGCGACGCCGGAGAAGAACCCGCCCUACGGCUGCCUCGGCCUCGCCGCCGCCGCCGCCGCGCGCCGGGCGCGCGACGACCGGCGGGCCGAGGACGAGAAGCUCCGGUCGUCGAACGCCACCGUCGCCAAGGCCGCCGCGGCCGCGCGGACCUCGAUCGCGUCGCGCCAGGCGGCGCUCCGCGAGAUCCGGCGCAGGAAGCCCGGCGCGGCGGGGCGCCUCGGCGCCAAGGCGCCCCCCGUGCGCGGGCUCGCAGCCAAGGACGCGGCCGCGCGCAAGCGCGCGCAGGACGGGCUCCGGAGGCGGCGCCACGCGGCGGCCGUCGGCGGCGCCGCGCGGGACGCGCGCGCGGGCCGGGGCCUCCGCUUCGCGCCGCGGCCGAGGUAA